CGAAGACGGGGUUGCAAUUAUCCGAAGUUCUUGGGCUACUUUCGAUGAAAAUGGCAAAAUUGUAUCGAGUUUGUACCCUCCCCACAAAAGUGAAAAGGAACUAAAGAAAUAUUUACAGGAUCCAAAUUGUAAAAAAAACAUCAGAUAGGGUAGUGACACAAAAGGAACACCUUACACUGUCCUCAAGCAUGUUCGCAACACAGCUACAUUAGAAGAUGCCGCAAAGAAACGUGAUUUUUAUUUAGAUGGUAUUUCAGACAUCGAAACGGAUGAUAAUCUGAAUAUGGAAAUUUUAAAAAGCUCGAGACAUUCUCGAAACGAAAAAAGAAUUGAUAGUGAUUUUACGGAUGGAGAGCAUGGUUCAAAUGGGACGACGACAAACAAAACAUUCACUUCUCAAUUAAAAAAACUGGACAUAAAUUCUUUACAGUACCAAGCAAGAAAUAAUGUGUCCCCUGUCAAGAGAGCAAAUGUUUCAGGUGAUAAAUCUGUAGUAGAAGUAGCUGAAAAAAUUGUGCUAGAGGAUGAAAUGGCUGCUACAGAAAGUCAUGCACAUACUUCUAAAGAAACGGAAUCAAAUGGCAAGCGUCCAGAAGGACCACCUACGCAGGACCAAGGUCAAGGCCGCGAUCAAAUUGAUCCACAGGAGGUUCUAACAGGAGAUUCACAGCGUGAAGAUGCGAAUGCAGGUAGGGGGAAGAAAAGAAAAAGUUCCAGAUUUUCUGAUGAUCCACAGGAAGUGGAUAGUUGGAACAGUAAGAUUUUACCACAAUAA